GGCAACGCUGUAAUUCGGGCAGGUGCUAAACGAAGAUGGCGUCGAUGGUAUUGAGUGAAUUCCGAGAUGGAAAAUAAGUGGUUUUCUUGGAUAUUAAGUGAAUGAUAAUUGACGAAACGAACGGAAUAAGUUAAACUCAAACUGAUAUACCCAUCAUCCCAAUAUCCAGAUGAUAUAAAUCAGUUUUAAUGUUUGGACCAGUUUGGACGCGGACAGAGUAGUACUUAAACGCUUCAUUAGUUUUCUUUGCAUUCGCAGCGAAUGAUCAACUGUGCGUUUAGUUUUAGUGCUAUUUAUAAACCGAUGGUUCCGGCCGUCCGUCUUCGGUCCAACAAUAAGUUGCACAGCACCAAUGGUCAUUUAAAAAGUGUCAAUUGAUAUGACUCCAGGCAAUUUAUCAAAACAAAUACGAAACACACCAGCUUUUAACGAGCCAAAUUGAUAACAGAAUGUGUCAAUGAAUCUUCUUGGAUGCAAGUCACUUCAGCUUUGACAAUCUCCUCAAGUGUUGCAUUCUAAUUUCCAAUGAGUUCUCUGUGCCAAUUAUCUAUUCCAAUUUUACAAUUCACAUAGUUUCUAAUUCAUCACCAACUUUGGACAAACUUCUGCUACAUAUAGCAUUUAGAAUAAGUUUGUUUUUUAAUGUGCAGCUCAUAGUCAAGAUGCAGGGGCAAGAUGCAAUAUCUGGGUCUUCAGACCAUCGAUUGGCGCUUGUACAUGAAAUGAGUGCUCAUAAUUUUGAUCUAAUCAGAUUUGCCUCAUACCGGACAGCAAUGAAACUCAGAUUUAUUCAGAAGAAAGUUAGCUUACACGCAUUAGACAUAUGGAACGUGAUUGAAGCAUUUCGUGAGCAAGGUCUUCAUGCCUUAGAACCAACAAGCGAACUUAGCGUUGCCAGGUUAGAGACAUUGCUGUGUUCCUUAUACCAUAGUUUAAAUAAACGCGCGCCCCCCACUCAACAAGCCCAUGUCGAUGUAUGUUCAAGUUUAUUACUGAAUUGGUUACUAGCUGCAUAUGCAACUGUAGAUAAUGUUGGUAAAAUCAGAGUGUUUUCCAUAAAAGUAGCUUUAGCAACGCUGUGCGCCGGAAAAUUGAUGGAUAAAUUACGAUAUAUAUUUUCCCAAAUAUCCGACAGCAAUGGCCUGCUUUUAAUGUGGAGAUUCAAUGAGUAUCUACAAGAGGUCCUCUCUCUUCCAGCUGCAGUUUACGAAUCGCCGACUUUCAAUUACUCCGAUUCCGUUUCUACGACCAUUUUCAAUCCGAAUGCCAAGGUUACGGUCAACGACUUUCUGGAUAUAAUGAUGUCCGAUCCUGGGCCUCCGCCUCUUGUAUGGUUACCAUUGUUACAUCGCAUUGGAACAGUUGAAAGCGUGGUGCAUCCUAUACAAUGCGACGCUUGUCAAAAAGAAAACUUCGCGGGCUUCCGUUACCGUUGUCAGAAAUGUCCACACUACAACCUUUGCCAAGACUGCUUUUGGCGGGGGCGGGUCUCCGUCCCUCACACUCUGGAUCACAACGUGAAGGAAUAUUCAUCGUUCUCUCCGACACGAACGAUCGGCCAUUCUCUACGAAAGUCGUUUCGCUGUGUUCCAGAUAAACCGAAAAAUAAUCUUCCAAGGUUUCCGGAGCAACCGGAAAAACCGUUGAACUUAUCGCACAUUGUUCCGCCGUCGCCUUUACCUUCCCACAAUGGGUUUCCCGAUGGCAAUAAUUUCGUUCCACAUUACGACGGGAUGGGCAGCUUGGACAGUCGUUCAACAGCUAGAAGUUUGGAUAGCGCUCGUGACGAUGAGCACAGAUUAAUUGCAAGAUACGCAGCGAAACUAGCGCAAGAGCAGCGCUCAGGAAUGCCGAGAGGAGGCAGUCUAAGAAAAAAUUCCCUGUCACCCGAUGCGGGGCGAGUACCUUCUGAAGCUUGUCUGGGCAUGGAUUCUACGCGCGCCCAAAGGGAACUGAUCAGUCAACUCGAGGCGAAGAAUCGCGAAAUUAUGAGGGAAAUUGCCAGAUUAAGACGCCAACAAGAGUUGGAAUCGAGCGGUGGUCACGGACCUGAAAAUCCAGCUUUGAUGAAUGAGCUUCGGGCGUUACGAAUGAGGAAGGACGAACUUGAAACGCAUUUGACAACGUUGCAAGAUUCCAGGAGGCAACUUAUGAUACAGCUGGAAGGGCUCAUGAAAAUGCUCAAGCUAAAGUCGACAAUAUUUAUUCAGAACCAUCAAUCAUCGCCACGUAGUACGCCCAAUUCCUCUCCACGUAGUACUAAAUCACCACCUUUACCACCUGGUGCUGUUCCCACGACACAGGCAGGUCCCAGAAGUGCCCCACAGACGCCGCUCGGUCACGCUCCUGGUCAACCAAUGGGUUCGCAACAAACAUCCGAAAGGAGUCACAGUAUGGUUGCCGCCCUUGGGGGUGCCGGUAACACUAAUUCAUUGGACAGAAGCGAGAGGGGCGCUCACCAUAACGCAGCAGAGACAUCCCUAGCAGGUGUGGGCGGGGACGUAAGGAACGCCUUCGGCGGAUCCUCCAAUAUCAAUGUUGGAGGAAGCAACGGGAACGGAACGCCCGGCUCUAUGGGCCGUUCAUUGAGAAAUGAUCUGUUAGUCGCUGCCGAUUCGGUAACGAAUGCUAUGUCGACAUUAGUAAGAGAACUUAAUUCAGAACCUUCCACUUUACCCGGAUCUUCGUCAAUUCGAAAACCGCUCGAUUUUGAAGAUGAUGGAGAGGAUGAGUCCGAUGGUGGAUGGCAGCAGGAGCUGCAGAGGCGUUACGCGCAAGAGGCCAACUUCAUGGCCGAGCUGCGGGCUCGACAGGCGACAAGUCCGCCGGAAGGAAACUCUGCCCAAAAUAAUCAAAACUUCCAUAAUUAUCCAAACCAGCAGCCUUACCAUCCUCCGAACUACCCUCAGCCGUAUGUAAAUCACCAGGAGUUCAGUAGGCCAAAUUUCACCCUUCAGCAGGGUCCCAUGUACCCCAAUCAGCAUAACUAUUCGAAUCAAGGACCUUUCGCUUCUCAGCCACAGUUCAAUGACAGACGUAACUCGAAGGAGUUUAGUAAUACCAACGAAAUCCAAGAAGGUCAGGAGCAACGAGUGGACAUGCCCAUGUCCAAAGAGACUCUGGAAUGGGAGGAGGCUCUUAAAAACUGGGUGAAUCGUUAGAAACGUUUUGAACUUCACACAGAGUCAAUAAUAUAAAAGAUAUCACACUUUUUAAUUUAAUUAUGGAGAGCGCUUUUGCCAUCAUGUAUAGUUCCUUAUUGAGGACAAUUCUCUUUUCACAAUAUGAAGACGAAUUUCUCGUUUAUUUGCAUAACAAUCCAAAACGCGUCGUAGAAAAAACAUGAAUGUAAUGCAUAUAUUCUGGCAGAAAGUUGGAGGCAUUUUGGAACCAAUUGUUACAUGUUGUAUUGUUAAUGGAUCGGGUCUUGUAUUUAUGUAAAUUGUGCAUAAUCAUUGGUUGUCUUGCGUAAACGUUACUCUUUGCACAUACUUCAAUUUGUUUUCUCCUUCUCAUUAAACUUAAAAAGAAAAUAAUAAUAGCAGGACCAAAAGAAGAAAAGA